AAGGGACGAAGGGUCAGCCGGAAGUUGGAGGAGUGGAGAAAGAUGGUGGCGCGGAGGACUCGCUCGAUGUCUAGGAAAAGAGUCGCUGCGGAGGCUGCUGCUGCCGCCGCCGCCGCUUCCUCAGAAGAGGACGAGGAGAGUGACGAGGCUCCCGAGGAGGUGACCUUCGAGAGCGCGCGCGCCGCGGCCGAGGAGGCGCGUCGGUUGGCGGGGGAGCGCGUGCGCAGGUAAAGCUCGGCGUGGGACUCUCCAUCCCGCGCCUAGAACGACGCCUUGCGCUUCGGGGGUCAGCCUCGUCGUGGCGGGGAAAGGCGGGGGUCGUAGUUGACCGGCGCCUGCCCUCCUCCUAUGGGCCGGGGGGGGGGGGGAGAGGCAACGCCAAGAGCCUUUCUGUGGCAAAAUUGAGCCAUUCGGCAGGACUGAGGCGCCAGAACCAAAGAGAGAAGCUGACCCAGCUGCAUCUUGGGCUUCAAGCAGCUGCUCCUUCUUUUCUUGUUAUCCGUCGUCCCUUUCUAGUGUUGUAAAUGGCCUUUGCGUAAAAAGCCGAAUUUGUCCAUGAUAGGCCUCAGCUGUGAGAAAGUAUCCCUUACUUCAGUAGGAAAAUAGUAAUUGAAGUUUGCUGGGAGCUUGAACGACCAGAAAUAGACGCGCACAGUCUCUCCCCGCCCCCCGGCUUCCAAUAGCAUAGCUGUGCCCAUCCCAUAACGUUAAGGGGCUUGCUGUAUGCUAGAGAGAAGACAGUAUCAGUUCUUCACACGGACAGAGCGAGGAAGUGGUAGUGUGAUUCCACCUGGAGAAACACUUGAAUUUUCUUCAUUCUAUCCUAAACGGAUCAGUUCUGCAAUUCCUCAAGGACCACCUCUCCCCAUAUAAACUGACCCAGACCCUGAGGUCUGAAGGGUGGCAACAGAAAAAUAGGGCUUUUCUGCUGUGGCUCCCUUAUCCUCUUCCACCAGGCCUUUGACUGAUUAAUUUUCUACUGCCUUUUAAAUGUGUUGGGGGGGGGUGUUACUGUUUUGUUUCAACUAUUUUGUGCUUUUACCCUGUAUUUUUUUAUCUUGUGAACCACUGUGAGAUCUUCAAAUGAUGAUGAUAUUAUUAUUAUUAUUAUUAUUAUACAACAUCUUAGUCCAAAACUAAGGGAAUGUAUUAAGAGGUUUUUCUUGGUAGAUUUGACAAUACAAUGCUGUCUACUGAAAGUAAAUUUUCAGUCAUUCAUAUUAUAAAGACAAUUUACUGUGUUCACGUAAUAGUUAUGUGUGUUCUCUUCUCUCUUCUAAAUAUAGACAAUUGUGGUCAUUGUGAGAAUACAUCCUUCUUUUCCCCUGAAUGCACUUCUUAGUUAGUUUCUCUUAACUUUGUUGAUAGCACUUGGAACAAGCACUCACAGUGCUUGUAAAUACACAUUGAUUCUUCUUGUGCCCAUGUCUUCUCUUCAUAAACAUCGUCUUAUUAUUUAUUUACUUAGAGAAAAGGCUACCUUAAAAGAAAAGAGACGACAGAAAGAAGAACUAUUUAAGGAACAAAAGGUAAUGUUGAGGUUGCUUUAUUUUUCAUGCCCAGCAAACUUUCACACUCUGAAAAUGUUUCGCAGUUGUACCAUACUGCCCCUGCAGUUGCACACCAUAAAACUGAGAAUCGCCAUCAAAAUUCAGUCCCAAUGUGUUAUUUUGUAGAUAUAUCUGUGUGAGGGAUUUACGUGUGUAAUAUACAAAUGUUAUCUACAAACUAAUUUUCUAGAGUUCCCAGAUAUUUUUAAAUGUAAGUGAAAUAUUACACAUACUCAGUUUUGCACCACUUUUUAUCUUAAUGACUGCAGUCUAUUGAGGUAAACUAUUUCACUAUACUUUUUAAUGUAUUUUUAAUCCUAGCCCCUCCCUUUGCUUUUUGCAAUUUACCAUAGUGCACAUCUUGGGUACAGCAUAGACUGUUUUGCUCAAAGUAGUAACACUUUUCCAACCUACUUGGUUCCUGUUUGUAUGGUUUUAUAAGGACCCAUGAACAAAGUGGAGGCAGGAUAUAAAUAUGCAAGCUUAACGACUUAAGCUCUACCAUUGUGGGUCAGACAAAAGCUCGAUCUAGUUCAGUGUCCUUAAACAGCAGCCAAUCAGAUGCCUCUGAAAAGUUACAAAGUGUCCUGUUCCCCUUUCCCAUGGCAAGACUUGUCUGGAAGUUUAAUCUGGGAUAUACUGAACCUAACUAAAGACCUUGUACAUAGCCCAGCUCAUUGGUCAUUCAGUCACAAAAUCAUAACGACCAAAUGAGAUAUCAAGAUGAAGCCUAUUUAUCCUUUUCCCAAAUUAAUGCAUGGUUAGAAACCAAACUUUCCACUCAGCUGUCAGCUAGGCAUGGUAUACCAUUACUGCUAGCAUUGUCAGAGGGGUUGGUUAAUAAUUUGCUAAUGUUGGUUUCUUUUAGAAAAGAAAGCUGCUUCCUGAAAAUGUGUUGGAGGAGUUGGCAUCAUCAACACAGACUAGGUAAGCAAAGUAUGUUCUGGAGCACCAAUAAACGUUUCAGUGAGAUUGGGUUGUAUGCUUCCUUUGGCUGCAAUACUCAUAAAUGACUAACCCCCACCUACACUGAUGGAUUUAUAAUUUCCAACCAACACCAAUGGCCAGAACAGGGAGAGCAGCGCAUGAAUCAAAUGUCAUAAUAUGCAGCUGGUGUAUGCCCUACCUUUAAAAAUGUCUCUUAAAUAGUAAGGGAAUUGGAAAGUUGAGUUACUGGGCACUUGCAGAAGCCUUCCUAUCUUAGUUUUGUUAUUAUAUUCUUGAUAGGUAAGCACAGCUAUUAACAGUAAUUGCUGUGCGUAUUUUAAUAGGUUCCAAAUGAAUGUGCCAUUUUUAUAUUUGUGAAUAAUUGAUCAAAAGGUUCCUUACUAAAUGUCUUCCAAUGUUAAUUUCUCCUUAGCAAAAAUCAGCCAUCAGCCAUGCAAGAGCAAGGUAUGUGUACGGUUCUGCCCAAGAUUACAUUGCGUUUAUUAUGUACUUUGUAUCAUGCCAUAAAUAUUAGGAUCUACUUGCCAAUGCCCAUAAAAUAUUAUGACUAUUAUAAUAAUGACCAUGAUAACAAUUUUUGUGUUGUUCAUUAAUCUUAUAGUUUGAGAUAAUACUUUCACUUCUCACAAAAUGCAUUAGUGCUGUAAACUUUGUUCUUUAAUUCACAUAUUCAUCAUAAAUGUGCUGGGUCCCCAAUUAGCUGCACCUGUUUCUCUGAUAACAGUGGUCACUCUUUCUCUUACCACAUACAUUUGUGAGUAGUUUAGUUGCUAAAGAGGCUAAAAAAACUACUGGAAUGGGUUUGCAACUACAGUGGUACCUCGGGUUAAGUACUUAAUUCGUUCCGGAGAUCCGUUCUUAACCUGAAACUGUUCUUAACCUGAAGCACCACUUUGGCUAAUGGGGCCUCCUGCUGCUGCCGUGCUGCCGGAGCAAAAUUUCUGUUCUCAUCCUGAAGCAAAGUUCUUAACCUGAAGCACUAUUUCUGGGUUAGCGGAGUGUGUAACCUGAAGCGUAUGUAACCCGAGGUACCACUGUAGUUGUAAAGUAUUCUAGUCCUGCAUGGUAUCCAUUGAGGUGUAAAGUUUAAAUGAAAGUUUCCAUUAUUUUUAUAGGUCAGAAUGUUGAAGAUGAUUCUGAAAGUGAGAAUGGCCAAAAAGAUACAGAGGAAGACAGUGAAGAAAACUUGGCAACUAGGUAUGGCUGAGUGAUUCUUACAUGUCAUAGUGUUGUAAGAAAAGCCCAUUUAUUCUGUUCUGCAAGCGCAUAUGAUGUUCUUAUUGCUCCAAAUAACCAUUUAUUUGGUCACAAAAUCUCAGAUCCAGCCGCUUAAAGUACUGUACACAGAUAGUGUUGCAUGUCAGUUGUAUUGCAGGAUUCGCCAUGUGCAAGAUUUGGCUACUUCUGUCCAUUCGUUCAGUAAGACUCAGGAAACUGCUGUGCUUGGCUUGAAGACGAUCCUGGGUUUUAUUACUACAAUUGCCUUUUAAAAAAUCUGAUCUUGGAGACCCACAGCCAGUCACAAUAGAUAGUACUGAUAUAAGGCAUCUUUUAUAUAUUUACUUAGGAAAGUUUAUAACCCUGAUAGGUUUUUAUACUGUUGAUGAAUUAGCAUUGUUCAUUUUGAACAAGCCCGAAUUAUUAUUAGUGAAGCUGAGGAGUUAUUUAAUUUUAUUUUGAUAAAUCAAGGUUUUAGUAGUAACAUUAUUUCCCCCCCCACAAGCCAUUUUUUAACUCAUGCAAGCUUUAAAAUAUGCUGCCACGUGUGACAGUGUAUGUUUUCACAAAAGACAUGUCCAUGUUAAUACAAAGCCAAGCUUAGAGGCAGCUUCUGUACUUGCAGCAGUAUCCUGUGAAGACUGUCAAUAGUACGCAAAGUAGGACUGCCCACUAAGUAAUAACCUCAAUACCUGUUAGGUAUUUUUGACUUGUCACUUAAAUUAGCUUUAUGUAUGAGAACUUGAUCACAUACAUUAGAUUACUAGGAAAAAAGGGAAGUUGGAAAUCAUUUGACUAAAACUUUCUUAAUAUAGGUCUGCUCUAGUAAGAAAAGCUACAUUACAGAGAACUAAGUAUCAUUUUAUCAUUAGGCACCAAGAAAGCUAUAUGGCUGUGCAGCUGAAAGAUCAGGAUUUAACCAACAAGCAGCAGCAAGUGGCCAAAGACUUCCUACAAAAACACCUCUAUGGAAGAGGCUGCCACCGAACAACAGGUACAGUGGCCUUUUGCUUAACACAUUUGUAGAGCUAUACAUGCAGCUUAUGCUAAUUGACUCUUUGUCUUUUCAGCAAACCAGUAUUUUUCUGUUCAAAGCAAGAGAAGUGAUGUUAAAAAAGCUGCAUUCCAGUUUGUGAAUAAGUCUUGGGGUAAGUGUUUUUUAUUUUUUGAAUGUGCAUCCUAUGUGGGUAAUGAAGAUGUGGUAUGGAUACAAUCCCCCAUGGAGCUGUUUGUUAUGUAGGAGCGAUGUAAAGGAGGUUUUCUUCCUGGGACAGUGCUUGUAAGUGUCAUGUUCAGGUUUGACACUGACCCAUCUUUAAAGGACAAGUGUUUUUUUAAAAAGCAGAAAACCCGGCCAGAAAUAAACUUGUGUGUUUACAGUAUUUUUUACACUGAAGUGUAUUUAGCUCAGUGGUCAAUCACAUGAUUUGCAGAAGUUCCCAGUAUUUCAAGAUAAGCGGGGAAAGGUUCCCCUGCCUGAAACCCCAGAAGAGCUGUUAGUCAGUGUAAACAAUACUGAGCUAGACAGCAGUAGUUCAUCUUGGUAGACAAGUCAGCUUUCUAUGUUCCUAAAGAAGUUUGCUUUCUUGUUUGUGGGAGAUUGGCUGGCCAUGUUAAUAUAAAUAAAAUAAGGAUUGAUAUAUCCUGAGCAUGGAGCUCAAAGCACCUUGUUUGUUGGUAUUAUUAGCAAGAUCAAACAGGCCUCCUAAGGUAGAGAAUGAUUUUCUAGAUACUGUGUUGAGAGAAUGGUAUCACGCCUAGUGCUGUGGAUAAGUUGAUGUGAGACUUAAGCCAAAAACUGUCUGCCUUAAUGUACUCAGUUGCUGUGGCUUUCUCAACCCAGAGGUGAAGGGACAAUUUGGAAGGGACCUGGCAGCAGCUGUUACUUAAUAAAAUCUUUUUCUUUCCUACCAGGUGAAAUGGAAAAGCAAAAGGCUAAAAAGUUCACAAAGCACUGGGUUUCUUCAAAGAUAAGCUGCUGAAACACAGACUACAUUUUGACAAGUUGUGGAAAAUAAAUUGGAGUUUCUAAGUAAGAGCUGUUCAAUAUUUCUUACAUGUCUAUUGAAAAGAGGCUUCAUAUAAGCCAACUUCUGUAAAUACUAUAAAGUAUUAAGGGCAUUGUCAUAUUUUUACCCUGCUUUCUUCUCUAAACAGUGCAGUGUACUUUAUUAGCUUUCCACAUUUAAGCUAAAUUUAAUGCUGAAAUGCAAUUCUAUUCCUUAAAUCCUUAAAGGAUUGGAAUGUCUCCUGCAGGGUUACAAUUCUGCAGGACUGCUUUUUCAUAAUUGUUUUUAUUUUAACAAAUCUCUAGGUUAAUAAUUGCAUAUGUGCUUGUAAACAAUAUCUGCUGGAAUCUCAAUUGCUAAAAUAAAAAUGCAAAAGAACCAAUAUGGAUUACAAAAUCAAGUUUUCCUUGGCCCUGAAUUUCAACUUUCACAUACAAGCUGCACUGUGAAAAAAAAUACUUCUGAUGAAAGCUAUGCCACCCCCAUUGGUGUUCAGUUAAUAUUAAAGGAGUGUAAGACAAAAAGUGAACCUAGACUGCUAUGAUCUCUCAUCAAAAGGUUCUUUAAACCCUUUUAACAGAAAGGAAUCCCCUGCAGCCCAUGUCAUGACUUUCAUAACUAGAGAUGUUUAAUUAACUAGUCCCAAGUCCAAAACACAACACAAGCAAAGUAAGGUAGCCAUCCUACCAUAUGUAGAAGUAUUUAAUGGCUGGUUAAUUAUGGUAUCACUACAUUUUAUUGCAAUAGAGUACUCAUUUAAGCACUUUUAAAAAUGCAGGGUGUACAAAGAUUAAAUUAAGACUGAAAUUGACUAAAUAUUUGGUUUUUAUAUAAAUAGGCCAUAACCACACUGUGUUGACAUAUAAUACUGUUAUAAUACAACAGUUAAACAGGUGAGUCUACAACAUAAGUUGUCUGCAGUUAAACAGGAAACAGAGUUGAAAAGACCAUGUUAAAACAAAAACCACUAGGAAACAGGUUGAGAUUGUAAGUAGCAACAAACAUAUUCACUCAGCUCCUGAGUAUUUCAAGUUUUACAGUACACAUUAAAAAUAUUUCUUCCCAUCAAUACUAUACAGCCAAACUGUCAGGUACUUAUGCAUUUUGCAAAUUACACUGAUUGAUCUAUGUAAUAAUGGGGGUGGAAGUUGGCAAAUUAUCCCGCUUGAAGUUUACAUCACCCACAUACUAACACAUCCACAACAUCAUCUAUUUCGUCCAACCUUCCAUGAAGGCAGGACUUUUUUGGUUUGUCUGGAACAAUUCAAGGGUUUGUCAAUCUGAUGUUACCAAUGAUACUUAACUCUGGUUAAAGAUGGAAAAUUUAUCCUAACAGUAGGUUAGAAAAUCAUUUGCGUCAUGCUGUAAACUAGGAAGCAAUGUAAAGCAACAGACCUGUCCUUAGUACAUAAUUUAAAAAAUCCAAACUCCAUUCAGCAGAGCUGGUCUACUUUCAUGUUGAAUAUAGCCAGAUUAUACACCUUGGACAUCAUCAUAUGCAUAGCUAGUGUAGAUAAUCUUCCACUGUGGCAAAUGCACAGGAUCCAAUUCCUGACCGGGCCAUCAAUCCUAGACACUGUGAAGCCUGUCCCAUUGCAAGAGCAAGUGGAGGUUGCUUUGGUAGAUUGUGUGUCUCUGAAAAGAUUACAUAAUAUGUUACACUUAAGACCAGGGGAGGGGGAAAUCUUUCUUAUCAGAUACGUUUCCUACAAAAAUAUUGUGCCUCUCCAAUUACCAAACUGGACUUUAACUUCUUCCCAGCAUCCCAAAAGAGACUGAAUAUUUCACAUCACAAGACUUUACCAUAACAUAAACCACACAAGAAUUAUAUGGUAUCAAAACCUUGUGAAUCUUACCAGUCAAGAUUGGUAAGAAUUUAAGAAUUGGAGGAAUUUAAGAUUUGUGUCAUUUGAUGUACCAUGUCAUACAAAAAAUAAUCCUUCAAUGAAAAUGAGUGUGUAACUUUGACAUUUCCGGCAAAGGGAUUUGGUUAAGUGCCAAAAAUUGCCAUUGCAAUUGCAACACUACUGUUUUUGGCAUACAACACCAUAAUUGCUUUAGGUUAACUUACAAUAAUAAAUGUGCUAUGAAAUAAAUUCGCAAGCCUUACCUAGUAUUGCACUAUUGAGAACUGAACACACAGGCUCUCUCUGAAUGGGGUCCAGCUGAUUUCCUACUGGACUGCUCCAGGGAUCUGAAUAUGCAAGUAAACUGAAUGCAUCCUGUUGAGAAAUCCGGGCUUAAUUUUGUCAUUAUCAAAUUACCAUCCGAUUAAAAUCAAGUACACUUGCAUUAUUUUUUUAUCUUGCUAAAAAAUUGAGCUUUUGGUAGAGGGCACUAUUUAUUAUUUGCCAAAUGUAAAUUCCAAAUUCUCUUUUAAAAUCAUGAAAAUGAUUGUUACAUUUGUAAAAAGCCACAGUUCCUAACAACUACACAAUAUGAGAUCAAGUGCUCACUAUCAGAGCAGGGGUGGGACAGAAAGUGCUUAUGAGAAAGGAAACUGGUUUUUUGUUGUUGUUUAAUCGUUUCCAACUCUCUGGUUUAAUUUAGUCAUUUUCCACUACAUUUCCUUAAGUAUGAUCCAAUUCAUUCCUCCACACAGAAUUAAAAACCAAAGCUAUUCUAGCUACCAAAAACAAGUCAAACUGCUUUUCAGCUGCACAUUGUACUAGUUUUGUUAUUUGGGUGGCUAUUUGACACAAAUAGGUGCAAGCACAUUAAUGUUUCACAGAUAACAAGCUAGUGAGCUGAGAACUGCAAACAUCACCCUCUUCCUUGGCAUAGACUGGAUUGCACAUCAGUGUGGAUAUCAGCGCAAGCUCAUAUUUUACUGGAAAGACAUUUUAACUUACUUUGAGCAUUUUCUUAUUUGCUGUGUUUUUGCCACACUCUCUUCUUAGCUGCUCACUCAUGGCUUGCAAUUCUCUGCCAAAAUGAAUCAUUCUUUCAAUAGCUGCUUGGCUACCUCCACACAGUUGACGUCUUAACUGACUGGAAUCAACCUCUGUGAGAAUGAUAAGGCACUAUCACUAAACAGCACAGCAGUGAGAACACAGUGCUUUGACUACACACAAACUCAAUGAAUUAGGUCAAAGUAAUAAUUGUGGUUGAUCAAUUCAGGGUUUGGGCUUCUGAUUUAAGACUUUAAUUUCUAAUCCAUUUUUCAACUUUGAGAACUCUGCAAAGCAGCAUACAAUAAAAGUGACAACAGCCCAGAUAAAACCACAUAAAACACACACACACACACAACCCACCACACAGAACCCAAAUUCAAAAGGUAUGACAGAAUGAUGAUUUUAUUGUUCUUCCAAAGGAGCCAAGAAUGUGGAUCUGGAAAGCUUCCUUGGGAAGAAGUUCUACAAAACUGAGGUCAAUGCCAAAAGCGCAUUAUUCUUAGUAGCUGACAAGUCUUGAUAGCAGUGGUCUAAUAAUAACACAAGCUGGAGCUGUUUAAGUAUCUAAGAUAGACUUUGGUUACAAGGAAGGUCUGCUGACUCAAAUAAAAACUAAUUUAGGUUUGUUUAGUGUGUCUAUACUAACCCAGAGGAUGGAGGAGGGGAAGCGAGUCAUCCAAGUCAUAUUAUCAACUGCUUUUGAAACUUCCCUCAAAUUCAGAAGCAGUUGUCUAUGAGGUAAGCAAGACUUUCUUGGGCUCAUGAAACUGGAUCCUGACCACUGUAAAUAUUACUGCAAAUGUAACGAAGCAAGCUUUAUUUUGUUUUUUGUGUGUGUUCUGUUUUUAAAUUUAGCCAGUCGUAUCAAACAUUUCUCAUUAGGCAAGAUUGUAUGGAUUAAAUGAAUUUAAAUACCGUAUUUUUCGCUCGAUAACACACACCUGACCAUAACACGCACAUAGUUUUUAGAGGAGGAAAACAAGAAAAAAAAAAAUCUGAAUGAAACAGUGGAUGUAUCAUUUUUGUGCUUCAUGCUGUGGCCACAGACAUGUGAUUUGACGGUGAGUUUGGGGUAGCCCAAUGCAAAGAUCCUGAGAAUCCAUGUGGAUCUGUGCUUUGUAACCACGUUUUUGUACCAUUGCAGCCCCAGGCAACAGUGGGUGCGUGAUUUUUUUGGUGCAGGCUGUAGCCAUGGACAUGCUAUGUGAUCUGAUGGUGAAUUUGGGGUGACCCAAUGCAAAGAUCCUGAGGAUCCAUGUGGAUCCGUGCUUUGUAACCACGUUUUGCACCAUUGCAGCCCUGUUUUUGCAUCAGAUCAUUGCUAUGUGAUCUGAUGGUGAAUUUGGGGUGACCCAAUGCAAAGAACCUGAGGAUCCAUGUGGAUCCGUGCUUUGUAACCACGUUUUUGCACCACUGCAGCCCUGUUUUUGCAUCAGAUCAUUGCUAUGUGAUCUGAUGGUGAAUUUGGGGUGACCCAAUGCAAAGAUCCUGAGGAUCCAUGUGGAUCCGUGCUUUGUAACCACGUUUUAAGUGGGGAGGGAAGGAAAAACAUAGAAGGGACAAGGAGCACCGAGAGGGGUGUGCGGAGAAGCAGCUGGCUAAGAAUGCAGGAGAGGAGUUUUACCGGAGGGAGGAAAGGAAGGCAAAAGUUCCCCCCACGCACCCACCCAAGCCAGCCAGCUCUCUCUCCCCCCCCCACCUGCAUGUUGCAGCACCGGAGCACGGAGAGGAAUUAGAAGGAAGGACGCUCUGCUUUCCCCUCUGCUUGCCUGGAGGGGAGGGGUUUUCUCUGCUCUUUGUUCCGUUUGAGCAAACACAGUAACAAACAGAAGCGGGUGGGCAGUAAGACCCUGAGGCAGAAUGCAGGAAAGCAGCAGCUUCCUCUUUUCAAGGCUUCCCUUCUCCGGACGAUUGAUAUUUGUCUGAUUUUUGCCUUCACGCGCCUGUCGGCUCCAGGGACCACACAUUCGCUCAAUAACACGCGCAGACAUUUCCCCUUACUUUUUAGGAGAAAAAAUCUGUGUGUUAUAGAAGGAAAAAUACGGUAUACUAUUCUGUGAUAAGCUAUCUUAAACCAUGCAACUGAUUCUGCAACUUGCUCAUGCAUUAAAGAAGUAUUUGAUAUGAGAUAUUCUGGGCUCACCACAUAGCAAGGCAUCAUGCUAAUCUUGCAGACAGACGCUGGGUUUCACAGAAUAUGCCUUUUUGUGCAUGAACAUUUUUACAGGGCAUGAAAGUGGUGACAAUUUCCCCAUCAGUCUAGAAGCCCUUGUGCUGGGUUGGAUCCCCUCCAAAUCAUGGUGAUGGAAGUUUUAUUACAAACAAGUGGGCUUUUAUUUUAAAUAAAACCUGAUAAACAUCUGUCUGUAAUUUGACACACUAUGGAGAAAUACCAGAAUGUGUUUACAGUACACCCUCCCUAAAAUUAUAGAAAUAAGCACCCAUAAUUCUAAGCAAAGGAUAUUCACUAACUGUUCCCGAUUCUUGGACUUCACCUGAGUAAAGAUAUUCCUUUCUUGGAAAUGCCUCCCUUUACCACGGUUAUGGCUCCAGACCUGAUUCAGGCUUGGUAGCUAUAGAAAUGUAACUGCUUACUGCAAGGAAAACAAUCUUUUUGUCCUAUGAAAGUGCUUCUGAAUUUUAUAUUUUGGUAUUCCCAUGAAUUUGUUUUUUAACUAAGUAGUGCCAAAAAUGUGGAUGGGGGGGGGGGGGGAGAAGAGGUACAUUAAUUGUCACAAACACUUUUUGAUACACACCUACAACAAUAGCUAAUCAAAAAUUCUUACAGUAGUGUUAGUAGGUGUGUGUUUUGUUUUUCAAGGUACACCUUGGGAAAGUAUGAUGAAAAUUUACAAAAACUAUCCAGAAUGGAGCACAGACAUUUGCUAAAUUUGCUCCACUCUCUUUUACAUGUAUUUCUCCUUUAUCUGAUCCAUUUAAACAAAUUGAGUUUGUUCUGUACCUAAAUGCUCUAAAAGGCUGCAAGAUAGGAAGGAUUUGGGGAAUGACAUCAAAAGCACACUUGCACACUACCUCAAUCACGCAGAUGCAGACAGCAUCCUUGUACCUCAUUGGUCUAUGACACUGGGAAAAUGAGUAACAUAGCUCAUUAUUCAGAUCAACUUUCCCCAACCUGGUGCCCUCCAGAUAUUUUAGAGCACAGCUCUCAUCAUGCCUAAUUAUUGCCCAUGUUGGCUGGGGCUGAUGGGAGUUGUAAUCUAAAACAUCAGGAGGGCUGAGGCAAAGCUGAUGUAGUUGUUUCUACUUUACUCAUUAGCAGGAAAAGUGUAAUGCUGGUGUGAAGAAAUUCCACACAAUAAGAACCACUUAGGAGUUGUGGUGGGCAAAAGGCGUAACGCUGAAGCCAUUUCAAGUAGCAUCUGUGUGACAAUUCCAUCUCUUCCAAGAUUAUACAAAUUCAGAAGAUAUUUUACAACAACGGGAAGGAAGUGUGAGUCUUUCAAGCCAUAGUGAAGCACCACAAGAGUAAAAAUAAUCCAAUGCAAACUAAGUAAAUUAUAAAUGCAGACAUUACAUAUAAAAAUUUUCCACUGACUAUAGCACUUCAGAGCUAUAUAAACUGCCUGAAAACAGGUUAGGUAUGCCUAAAUUUCAUUUGGAAAUAACUGCAAGUAAACAAAACAAAAAAAUGGUGAUAGUAAUAUUAAAUAUGUAAGAAAUUUUGCUGCAGACCCAUUUCUGUGUCACAUUCUUCCAUUUCGUGAUCAUGUUUAGAACUACCGUUAAGGAAGCCAUUGGAUGAUGUCUCUGCAACCCCAUUGGAGUAGUGAUCUGUUUCCAUGUCUACAUCAUUGCUGAGAAGAGGAAAAAUGUAUCAUUAAGUUGGAAUGGGGGUCUCAUUUUUAAAUGUGCACCUCACUAUGUCCCACAAUGCAACUGGGGAAGAAUAAAAGCCUAUUUUACCAC